AUGACGUCGAAUGAGCUGAACUAUUCGUCAAUUGAAAAGUUGUGCUUGGCACUUGUCUUCUCAAUUCGAAAGAUGAAGAAUUAUUUUCAAGCUCAUGUUGUUUGUCUUAUUUCUAGAGCAAAUCCCAUCAGGUUUGUUAUAUCAAAACUUGUCCUUAGUGACCGACUUGCAAGAUGGUUCCUCCAAUUCCAACAGUUUGAGAUUGUGUAUAUCCCUCAUAAAGUUGUGAAGGGACAAGCAUUAGCGGAUUUCUUGGCAGACCAUCCGAUUCCUAAUGAUUGGGAGUUAACUGAUGAGAAACCUAAUGAUGAUGCGAUGUCUAUUGAAAUUCAACCUCCUUGGAAAAUGUACUUUGAUGGGGCUACACAUCGUGGUGGAGUUGGCGUUGGCAUAGUGUUCAUCACUUCACAAGAAGAGAUUCUACCAUUCUCCUUUACUUUAAAGAAAUGUUGCUCCAAUAAUGUCGUUGAAUACCAAGCGUUGAUACUUGGACUUGAGAUAACCAUCGACAUGAAAUGUUAUGAGGUGAAGAAUCCCGAAUUGCGUCUUUAUUAUGGUUAUGCUCAAAAGUUGAUAGAAUGGCUUGGAGAUGUAACCCUCCAACAUGUGCGUAGAAUGGAAAAUAAGAAAGCUGAUACAUUGGUUGCCCUAGCUUCAAUACUAACCCUUCCUGAUCAAACGCAAGUGACUAUUUGUCAAAAAUGGAUAGUACCACCGCCAAAUGAGGAAAAAUAUAUAGAAAAUGAGCUUGAGCAUAUCGUCACCGUUUCUGAAGCCGCAAAGGAAGAUUGGAGACAACCCAUUAUUGACUACAUGUGUUAUGGGAUACUUCUAGAAAAUCCAAGGAGAAGGACUGACAUUUGUCGUCGUGCACCUCGCUUCAUUUACUAA